GCGGCUGCUGCUGCUCGGCCGCAGGAGUGCGCAAUUGUGCUUGCAAGUUCAAGCCACAUCGUGCAUAGCUCAUUACAAACACCUGCAGCCCGUGCAGCCAAAUUUCGAGCACGCCUACGCCCCGCAGCACUCGCAGAGCAAGCCCAUGGCCGCCGAAGCACCGCCCAAGCCGCGCAAGAAACCACCAAAACUCCAGAGCGGCCCGCCGACGCUGACGCGCCUCUGGAAGGACCGGCCGCGCAUCGGGGCGGACAACGCGAUCCACCGGCCCGGGCUGGAUGGUGCGUACUUCUCGGACCUCGCGGCGAUCCGGGAGCCGGUCAUGGUGCAGGAGGUGUAUGUCCUGGAUCCGUUUCUGCGCGCAUUAGCCGAGUUCCGCUCGCCCCAAUCCUUGGGCGACGAGGCCGUGCCCGUGCCGUGCCACGAGGACGAGAGCUGCGUGAAUGUCAAGCUGCGGCUCUUCGAACAGAUACGAGCGAACUUUGAUACUCUAAGGAGCCUGCCCCGCGACGUCAUUGAAGCGCUGUACGCGCCGGAGACGGAGAGCCACGAUCCUGAUGAGUUCAUCCGGCCUUACGACUGGUCGCGGCGGUUCUUCUCUACUGAAUGGUCCGAGGCGGACCUGGCGGGGCGCUUCUCCUACGACACCUACAACGAUUUCCUGGAUGAGACGAAGUGGUGCCUCUACGAACCCGAUUUGGUUCGGUGUACGCCGCUGGAACGAAACGACAAUACGGGAAGGCCGCUCGUGCGCCAGGCGAAGAACUUCGUGGCGGACUACAAGGUCAUCCACAAGGUGUCGCGGGAGGUGCGCCACCGCGACGCCAUCCUGUUGCUGCCGACGCAUGUCCGCGUGCGUCUGGUCAGGCCGGGGUUCGGGCGCCUCGCGUACGUCGUGCCGCGGGCGUGCACCUUCGAGGAAUUAAGAAAGCGCGUCGCGGCGGACGUCGGCGAGACCUUCGAGGAGUUCCCGGCCGGCGCCGACCGCGACAACUUGUUCGGGCCCGGCAAGCGUUUGAUGGACGUCGUCCGGCCGAACUGUUUCUUCGUGCAGCAGGCGUGGAAGGGCGUCGUGGACGCGUCCGAGGUGGUGGACGCGGCGCCGCCGAAGAAGACGUUCCUGGAGUACGUUUCCCGGGACUAGUAAGUGUAUGU